AUGGAGCCUGUAUCCACCACACAUGCAUCGAAGCGCACGCAUAGCACAAAACCGACCAUUGCAGACCACUUCAUCUUGAGCUUCAAUCUCAACCUCAACAUCUUCCAACAUCUGCAGCAAUCUCUCUCAAGGUCUGAAGCAAAGGCCUGGAGUAUCAACAUGGACUUCUCUGGUGUGCAGACCAAUGGUCUGGACAUUGCCGACGAUGAUGGGCUCUUGAACGGGCUUCCGGCCUCUGUGGUAUCCAUCAUGGCCGACCAAUACAUCGAGGACCGCUACUUCUCAAGUCUCGACGACGCACGCGCAGACCCCAUCGGUCGUACAGUCUGUGCACCACAAAUUGACGACCUCGAUGCAGUGAGAAACAGAGAGGCUCCUCAUCUGACUAGUAUCCUAGAAUCUUUGAUCAAGGUGCUGGAGUAUGAUCACGUCAAGCCGGAAGAUUCGAAUGCCACGGAUCAGGAAUGGGAAGCCUACAUCCAGAGGUGUAAGAAGGAGACGUCGACAAGGGCUAUCGACAAGCAGUCCAAGCGGCUCUCACGCCAGGCUGAGAGAAUGGGGCGGUUUUUACUGCAAGAGGUCUAUUACCUCCACGAGUAUGGAUGGCAUGUCGAUUUCUGGAAAGCGCCCACCUUCCGUGCAGUCAAGGCGCAGUACUCCGGCAUGAAAUGCUCUGACCGCCUUGGGGAAAUUUGUCGUGUGCUGAGCACUUGCGCUCCGGUGGCCAAAGAUGUGAUGGAGGGCAAGAACCUCGAGAGAAUUGCCAGCGCGCCCGAGGUCAUGAGGUCCGAAAAGUACAGCUUCAAGAAGUCGAACGCGCGACGAAGCAAGACGGCAAGACAGCGCAAUGCAGAGAACAAUGCCGCUCAACCCACAGAGGAGCCUACCGAAAAGCCCGCCAAAAAGCGCAGAACGGCUGCUCAACACCCGUCCCCGGCUUCUUCCCCAAUGGCUUCAGGUCACCAGACUCACCAGGCUCCUCCCUUGCUGCCGAAUUUACAUCCAUUCACUCAAUCUUUCCCGCAGCAAACCUCCAGCAAUUUCGCAUCCGGUCCUCCUCCUGCUGCGUUCCAAAGUACCGCUGGUAACAGUACGAACUACGGAGGAAACCUGGCGAGACACGACUCGGCUGUCGACUGGUCUCAAGGAGGCUAUUUUGGAGCUGGUAACGAGGUGAACACUGGCGAAUUCUCGUUCUCGAUGCCACCUUCUCAGUCCCGGUACGAAACGGGUGUCAUGCCGGCUACUCAGCCAUCCUCCCAGUACGGCACGGGUCUUAUGCCGGCUUUCCAGCCAUCAUAUGGCUGGGGCUCGACGUCGUACUCGGGAGGAAAUGGAAACGUUGACUGGAACGAACCUAUCGAUGAGUUCCAGUGA